ACUACUUUGCUUCUGUCCUAAAGGGAUCUAAAACCGCGUUAAAUUCUCAAUUCGAAUCAUCCUCGAUCUCGUCGACUCCUUGUUUUCUUAUCUCGUAGGUUAAUCGAGAGAGCGGAGAGAAGAUGGUGGAGAGAACGAUGAGUCUAGGGUUCGGAGCCAACGGAGAAACCACCUCAGGGGUUAGAGAAACAAUGUGGGCGCAGCAAGAGCUUCUUCAGAAGAUCACUCAGGAGCUCGACGACGAACGAGAAGCCUCUUCGUCGGCUGCUUCAGAGGCCUUGUCGAUGAUCCUGAGGCUCCAGGGAGAGAAAGCAGCGCUGGAGAUGGAGACUAGUCAGUACAAGAGGAUGGCGGAGGAGAAGAUGUGCCAUGCUGAGACCUCUCUGACGCUCUUCGAAGAUCUGAUCUACAGCAAGGAGAUGGAGAUCGCGUCUCUCGAGUUUCAGGUUCAGGCUUACAGAUGUAAACUGCUCAGCGUUGGUUGCUCUGAUCCUGCCGUCGUGGAGAACAAGUUUCCGGAAAAUCUUGUCUUGUCUGGUGAUACGAGGAAGAUGAAGCGUAAUCUAUCGAGUCCUUUCGAUGGGAUGAGCAGUGAGAGAAGGAGGUUGCUUCUGUCUGCUGAUAGUAAUGGCGACGGUUUUGAGGAGAAGAGAGGUUCUUUAUCUCCUGGUGAAGACUUGAGCGUUUACUGGGAAGAGAUGAGGAGAAUAGACGACCAUGUUCGUGAGAUUUCAGACACGAGAGAUUCUCCCAAGGAGACUAAAUGGCCUUUGCUUAGGCGCAAGUCUAUGUCACAUGCGUUGGUUUCACAGGUCAGCAGUACUAUCCUGGAGUCAGCCAAGAGCGAUGUCAGUUCGAUAAUGGAGAUGAUGAAGAACCCUGAUAGAUUCUCUUAUUCGUCGGAGGAGUCUCGGUCUAUAAAUGUCUUUGAGGUUCCAAAGACAAAGGAGAGCCUUACAAUCAUCGAAGAAGAAGAGGAAGAAGAAUCACAACAGGUUAGAGGGAAGAAGAAUAUGGUGACUAGUAAGGCGCAGCCAAGCAUCAAGGAAGAACAUCUGAGUUUGUUAAAGGAGAUUAGAGAACAGGUCGGUGUAAUGCAGUCAGAGAUGAGAAGCUUAAGAUCAGAACUGCAUCAAACUCAACCUGUGUUGUCCCAUCAUCUUAAGGAGGAUCCAUCCCUAAACUCAGUUCAUGAGGCAAUGAUUCACUUCUGGCUCUAGAAGCUACAAAGCGUGGGCGGGCGUGGUUCUAGUUUCUUACUUACCAUUUUGUAUGUUUACUUGAAAAAGGGAUUUAAAAAAAAAGGAAAAAAAACUGAUAGAUUUGUAUGUAAUUCCAUUGGUCAUUGUGAUAACAAAAUCUUAAAAAUC